GAAGGUGGUAAAUCUUCUCUUGGUCACACAGCUGGUGCAGAGCCUGGAGAUGAUUCCCCUGCCACCUGUUUAGUCCUUUCUCUAGUGCUGCAUGUUGACUUAGAUGGUGUGUUUGACCCUGUGUGUCUCUCCCUGUCCCCAGAGCCUCCAGCUGUGUUUGCCAAGGAGCAGCCAGCACGCAGGGAGGUGCUCUGCAAGGCGGGGGCCAGUGCCACCCUGAGCUGUGAGGUGGCCCAGGCCCAGACAGAGGUGACGUGGUACAAGGAUGGGAAGAAGCUGAGCGCGAGCUCCAGCGUGCACGUGGAGGCCAAGGGCUGCAGCAGGCGGCUGGUGGUGCAGCAGGCGGGGAAGGCGGAUGCCGGGGAGUACAGCUGCGAGGCUGGGGGCCAGAAGGUGUCCUUCCACUUGGACGUCACAGAACCUACACCGGUGUUUGCCAAGGACCAGCCAGCACACAAGGAGGUGCAGGCCAAGGCAGGGGCUAGUGCCACCCUGAGCUGCGAGGUGGCCCAGGACAAGACGGAAGUGACAUGGUACAAAGACGGAAAGAAGCUGAGUACGAGCUCCAACGUGCACGUGGAGGCCAAGGGCUGCAGCAGGCAGCUGGUGGUGCAGCAGGCGGGGAAGGCAGACACCGGGGAGUACAGCUGCGAGGCAGGGGGCCAGAAGGUGUCCUUCCACCUGGAUGUCACAGAACCCUCGGUGGUGUUUGCCAAGGAGCAGCCAGCACGCAGGGAGGUGCUCU